AAGGCAGACAUCUAAGGACUGAACCACCGAGGCGCCCCUAUAUCAGGAUAUUUUUAGAGCUGAAUCCCAAGCAGCCAGGUUCCUGGUCCAGUUCACCUUUCAUUAAUCUUAUCACUGUCUUAUUUAAUUUUCCCAUGUAUCUAUUUUUUACAUCCAGGUCUUACUACAAACAUUACUGAGAAUCAUCCCAGGUGCCUCAUUGUAACAAUGAUUCAGCUGACAGCUACACCGGCAAAUGCACUUGUUGAUGAACCCGUGCACAUUCGUGCUACUGGCCUGUCUCCCUUUCAAGUAGUGAUUCUUCAGGCCUCCCUGGCAGAUGAGAAGGGGAACCUAUUUCAUUCUCAAGCCUACUGUAAGGCCAAUGAAGCUGAGGUAGACCUGCAGCAGGCCCCUUUGCUGGGAGGUGACUACAUCGGAGUCCACCCUAUGGGUCUCUUCUGGUCCCUGAAACCUGAAAAAUUUUUAAUGAAAUUGGUGAAAAGAGAUGUGAUGAAUAGCCCCUUCCUGGUCCAAAUAAAACUUUAUGAUUCAAAUUUGGAAUUAACCGACAUCGCCACCACUGCUCCAAAAGUCAGCCUGACUUUGGAGAGGUGGUAUGUAGCACCUGGUGUCAAACGGAUCCAAGUUCGGGAAGGCCACCUUCGGGGAGCCCUCUUCCUCCCUCCUAGAAAGGGCUGUUUCCCAGGGAUAAUUGACUUGUUUGGUGGUAUUGGUGGACUGAUUGAGUACCGGGCCAGUCUCCUGGCCAGUCGUGGCUUUGCCUCCUUGGCCUUGGCUUACUUUAACUAUGAAGAUUUGCCUGCCCAACCAGAAAAGACAGAAUUAGAUUAUUUUGAGGAAGCUGUCAACUUUCUCCUGAGACAUCCUAAGGUCCUCGGCCCAGGCAUUGGCAUAGUUUCCAUAAGCAAAGGUGCAGAGAUUGGACUCUCCAUGGCUAUUCACCUAAAACAAGUCACAGCUACUGUGCUUAUUAAUGGGCCCAACUUCAUCUUGAGAAUCCCACAGGUAUAUCGUGGUCAGAUAAGUAAGCCCUUAGCCUUCUCUCCACAAUCGCUGUCCAUCAAUGCCUUGGGGUUAGUAGAGUUCCAGCACGGCUUUGAGGAAGCUAGAUGUGAAGCCAGUGAGACUUCCCUUCUCCCCAUUGAAAAGGCCCAGGGACAUUUCCUUUUCAUUGUGGGAGAAGAUGAUAAGAAUCUCAACAGCAAAGUGUAUGCUGAGCAAGCCACCCAACAGCUGAGCAGAUACAGGAAGAACAACUGGACCCUGCUAUCUUACCCUGGGGCAGGCCACCUGUUAGAGCCUCCCUAUUCCCCACUGUCACUGUUGUUGAGUUCUGCCAUUCAAACACAAAAGCAGCAUAGUCUGGCCAUAAUGAAUGUUCAUGGCUGUGUUCCAUUUAAACUUUAUUUAUGGAAACUGACAUUUGCAUUUCAUAUAAUUUUUACAUGUAACAGAAUAGUAAUUUUCUUUUUCUUUUUUUUUCUAAGCAUUGGCCAAUGUAAAAGCCACGCUUAGCUUGUGGGCAGUAGAAAAACAGGCUGUUGGCUAGAUUUAGCUCACAGGGCAUAGUCUGAUGACCUUGGGUGUAGAAUGAUCCAAAUUACUUUGUCCAAGGUCAAAUUUGACGUAUUUCCUCUAACGGGCAAGUCAUAAUCCACAUAUUCCUGAGCUACUGAAUUGCAAUGGGUAGAAGUGGAAGGUAGAUAAUCAAGUGAAGAUGAACCAGUAAAAAGGUACUUUGAAUGAUUUUGUAGGUGUGUUGGGGGAGCCAACAAGGAGUUAGAGGGACAGAAGUAAUACACAAACACUUCACGGUAUCUGCCUAAACUCUUUUUCUUUCAUCUGCUUUCUGAUACUUCCUCUGUUUUAGAGUGCAAUCAUUCCAUUCAGGAUGAGCGAGGCUAUUAGCCUCCCACCUUUCUCACUCAGAGAAGUUUUUACAUUUCCCACACCCAGUCAAUCAGACUACGUCACUUCUUUGACUCUAAUAAUCAUGUAAUUGCAAUGGCUAAUACCGCCUACUGUAUAUGCUACAUAAUAACUAGAUAGAUUAGAUGCUAUAUCAUUAGUUAUAUAUGCCAUAUGCUAUAUAAUAGCUAACAUAGUGGGUUUAAUGGGUAUAAUUAUUUUUGUUUCCCCUUCCAGACUUCAGGAAGAAUGAGAUGUUUAUGAGAUACGAUGUUUGUGUUUUAUAUCCCUUGAUUUACAUUUUGUGGAUUUUCAGAACUAAGAAGGUCUUAAAAAUUUUUUUUCAUAUAUUCUGUUCUGUAUCACUACUACAAAUAUUGGCAGGCAGGCAGAUCAAAAAACCAUUCUUUUUAUUUAUUUAUUUAUGUGCCAGAGAGAGAGAGAGA